GUUUAAGCCGCGUGAUAUGAAAAUGGCUAAGCGGGCCGAUAUAAUUUAUAUUGGCCGUCAAGAUACGAAUAACGGCCCGCUCGCCACGUCAUUUUGUUUUUAUUUAAAUUUAUAGUAACGAUAUGUAAUAUAUCAUUCAGUAACGACACGUUUGAAGGUGUAAUUUGGAUACCGCGUUUGUUACAGAUAAAGCGGAAACGGACGAAACAUCUGCCCUGGUUGCUGGGGAGACAGUGAUUGAGGAGGACAAGGCUGAACAGGAUUCCAGCUCCUCGCUGGCGGUUACAGAUACAUCCGUCGCACAGGUGGCGGAUACAGAGAACAUCACAGAAAGCAUGGAUAUCAAUGAUAUGGAAGUACCGGAAGCGAGGCCAGAAACAUUUCGCCACAAAAGCAAGUCGGCCACUCCAGCACCGUGCCCUCAAAAGGAGAAUGCGACGAACGGACUUUUUGUUUCGGAGAACGUCAAAAAAGAGGAAGACCCCACCGUAGAGGCUACGGUGGCCACUGAAGUACGUGGGAGGCCCGUCUCCAUUGGACUGGUGUUCGACUACAAGAGAUUGCCGAAAAUCGUCCAACAACCCCUCACGCAGUGGUUGAAGGCUGGAGAAACUUUGAAGCUUCAGAUGGAAGUCGUGAAGAGCCCGGAUUUGAAGGUCACGUGGUUCCACAACGACACGCCUAUACGAUUGGACGGUUCAGAACGCUACAAACUCGUUGUUAAGGAACGGAAGUAGUGACCACCGGAAGGGGAUGAGACCGGAAGAAGUAUUAACAGGAAGUCAGAAAUAUAAUAAAAUGCGAACUGCAUGUGAUCAUUCGUAUAAGCCACACUGACUAUUUGUGACCAAAAAAACAAGGCGCAAUAGUUAACACAAGUUUUUGUUCGGGUUAAAGCUUUAUUUGUCUGCAUUCAAAUCAUCAAAUAUUUUAACAUUAAAACUACCGGUAUUUUAGGUUGUUCUAUAUCUGAAAAUUUCUCUGAUUUCAAGGAUCAUAUAAGCGAUAUUUUAUACCCAUUAUGUAAUAAUUACAGAGUGUAGCGUAAGAAAUAAGGAUAUACGAUUUGUAUUUAGUAGAAAUUAUGAGGACAAUUCUUA